AUGACCGAAGUCAUCACCGAAAGCAUAAGCCGCAUAUCGCUGUCGCCCUCGCGGCAGAAUGUCUACUGCCUCAUCAAGCACGAGGACCCGGAGCUGCAGCCGCUGGUCGUCUCGGCCUUCAAGGCGCGGCUCCCCCAAGACACAUACAAGAUCAUCAGCUCCCUGGAUGAAUACCCAGGCGGCCCUCUCCUCCAAUUCGCAGCCAAGGACUCGCUGGACCUCGAACAGGCGUUCCACCAGCCGCGCAUGCUGAUCAGCACGUACGUGACGCGCGACGCACUCACCCGCAAGCACCUGCUGGGCCAGACGUACGCCACGUGGGUGGCCAAGAACCCGGGUUGCCUGUUGCAGACCAACGUCAAGACCAUCGCCAACCUCGAGCUCAACCCGUCCGAGAGCAUCUACGACGUGCUCGAGGACACGCCGCUCGGCAAGAUCCUCGAGAAGAACGAGAGCAAGACCAACCCGGCCGACCGCGUGUGGUGGAUGCUGCGCCCCGACCUCAGCGACGGCUCCCAGGACCUGCGUCUCUUCUCCACCGUCGACGAGCUGCAGGCCGCCUUUGACGACUUCGACGCCGAGUACGAGCGCGAGCACGCAAAGAACGCCGCUCCGGCCGUCGAGGCCGCACCAGCACAAGAGGAAGCUACCACACCCGCCGCCGCCGCAUCAGACGCAAAGGACACCGACGACCACCACGACGCCAGCCUCGCCCGCCAAUCGGGCGGCGGCUGGUCCUCCUGGUUCCAAAUCACCGUCACGACCGAAGAGCACACGGACGUCGUCGCGCCCAAACGCCACGUCGUCGCGCAGCGCUACGUCUCGCGGCCGCUCACCUUCGACGGCUGCAAGUUCCAAGUAUCGGCGUACGUCGUCGCCGUCGGCGCUUUACGCGUCUUCGUCUACAAGCCGCUGCUCGCCCUCUUCGCGGCCAAGCCCUUCGCCGCGCCGUGGGAGCACGUCGGCGAGCACGACCUCGACGCGCACUCGACGUACGACGGGAAUGUCCGCCUCUUCUGGGACCUGCCCGACAAGCCCGCCGGCUGGAAGCAGAGCGUCUUCGCGCAGGUGUGCGCCAUCACGGGCGAGGUGUUCAGCGCGGCCAGCGCGAAGGAGAUGGGCGCGCACUUCCAGCCGCUGCCGCAGAGCUUUGAGGUGUUUGCUGUCAACUUUGCCGUCGAUUAUAGCGGCAAGGCGAUGCUGGCGGAUAUCAGGGCCAGCCCGGAUAUGCUGCAUCAGACCGAGUGCGGGACCAAGUUGUCGGGCUUGGUCCAGGGCUUGUUCGAGGAGGUGGCGGAUGUGGCGGUCAAGCCGUUCUUUGCGGCGGGCGGCUACCAGGAGGUGGAGGAGAGUGAGAGGUUGGUGAAGGUGGUGGAUUUGGAUUGCAAGAAGAUAUGA